CACGUAGCACAUGCACCACGUACACAGUAAGGUACUACCAACACCACUACCACCACUACCACCGAUACCAAACCAGACCACAAGGAUACUUUUCCUUUAUCCACGACGUAUUCACUACCUUACGAAGCUCUGCCUCCAUUUCUACUUCGUGAGGCAUCUCUGCUUACUCCUGCGAUGAGGCCCUGAACUCAUUCCGUCUUUCUUUCCUUCAUCCCCAUCGACGCAAUAGGGCGAACUGCGAAAAACUGCUGGCCCUUUCCACCACCCCCCGAAAGCACCCGACCAAGGCUCGAGAGACAAAAGCGACGUAGCCCGCCGCCACAAAAGGGGCAGGCUGACAGCCAGCAACCAACCAUGCGCCGUCGUCAAUGGACGGUCGUCAUUCUUCUCGUCUUCCUGUUGAUAUGCGCAUACACAGUAUUCACACUUCCCUCAGAUCGACGACCGCCAGUCCCCAUACCAGGCUCCGACAAACCCCCUCCGCCCCCGCAAGAUCAACAGACACUCGGUGACGAUGCCGCCGCCGCCGCCCCUCCUCCCGACAGACGACCAAAGUCCGCUGGCGGCACCGGGUCACACCCCAUGUGGCACCUCAUGACGAGCGCCGAAAAGGAGUUCCAGGAUACGCUGAAGCGCCAGUCCAAGACGCUCGAGGAAGCCGUCAAGGAGUACAAGCGCCGCUACAACAUCCCGCCGCCCCCCAACUUUGACAAGUGGUUCGAGUUCGCAAAGGCCAGCGGCGUACAGCUCAUUGACGAGUUCGACAUGAUACACGAGAUGCUCACGCCCUUCUGGGGUCUGAAGCCGGCGACGAUACGGGAGCGGGCGCGGGAGGCUCUGGGCUUCGAUAACAAGCUGAUCGGCCUCCUGCUCCGGGACCACAAGAUCAAGCACAUCCAGGGUGGCUCGGACUGGCAGCGCGAUGCCACCUCUGGCAUGAUUAAGAAGUUUAUCGAGCACCUGCCCAGCAUGGACAUCGCCUUCAACAUCCACGACGAGCCGCGCGUGGUCGUCCCUCACGAGGACCUCGCACGCCUCGUCAGCCGCGCCAAGGACGUCAACAUGCCCAAGGCGAACGCUGCCAUUAACCCGGAGAACGCUUUUACGAAGCGCGCGGCCGGUCUUAGCGAAGGUAACAUCAUCGACGAGUACAAGCGCACCCGCUUCAACGUCUUCGCCCACCAGCCCACUUGGACGCACUCUCGCAUGUCCUGCCCACCCGACAGCCCCUCGCGCGGUCUCGAGGACGACGAGCUGUCCGACGACAUGAGCAAGUACGGCGUCAGCGAGCUCGGCUUCGUCUACAACGUCACCGCCAUGUCGGACAUCUGCCUCUCGCCUUCCCUGAGCGCGACCUACGGCUUCUUCGAUCGCCCCAACGCCUACAACAUCGUCCACGACCUCUUCCCCAUCUUCUCCCAGUCCAAGAUCUCCUCCUACAACGAUAUCCUCUAUCCUUCGCCCUGGUACUGGUAUAAGAAGGUCGCCUACGACGAGUCAAAGGAUAUGCUCUGGGAGCAGAAGCAGGACCGCCUCUACUGGCGCGGCUCCACGACGGGCGGCUUCUCCCGCAAUGGCGGCUGGCGCCGCCAGCACCGUCAGCACCUCGUGCAGAAGCUCAACGCCGCCGACCAGGCAAAGAUCUACAUCAACCGCGGCGACGAGCAGACUCCCAAGUGGGAGGUGAAGGAGGUGCCUCGCGGCGACUACCGCGAAAUCGUCGACGUCUUCUUCUCGCACGUCGGGCAGUGCGACCCGGGCGACUGCGACGCCGAAAAGGAGUUCUUCAAGAUCCAAGGCCACGCCGAGCAGCAGGAUGCCUGGAAGUACAAGUACCUCCUCGACAUGGACGGCAACGCCUUUUCGGGACGCUUCUAUGCUUUCCUGCAGUCGCGCUCCCUCGUCUUCAAGCUCGCCAUCUUCCGCGAGUGGCACUUUGAGUGGCUCAAGCCCUGGGCGCACUACAUCCCCAUGAGCCUGCAGGGCGACGACUGGCUCGAGAGCGUUCGCUUCUUUGGCGACGGCGCGCUGGGGCGCAAUGAGGCUGAGCGCAUGGCUCUCAGCAGCCGCGACUGGGCGAAUAAGGUGCUUCGCAAGGAGGAUAUGGAGGUCUGGUUCUUCCGCCUCCUUUUAGAAUACGGUCGCGUCAUUGACGACAAUAGAGAUAACAUCGGCUUCGCCGUCGAAACCAUCCCAGAACCGCCGGCGUAGACGCUCGCUGCUGCGUUCGUGCCUGCCAGGUGGCCACAUAUCACCGUUGGCCAGAUUCACGUUUUUUGCGUCUUCUAUGUAUUUCUUUUUCCUUUUCCCCAAUGGGGAAAAAAGCAGAAAAAAAAAGGAGUUCUCUGGGUAAACAUUUUUACGCUAUGAAACGGGAGGGAGAGGAGGACGGGACGAUAUCAAAGUCUGUUUUUUCGUUGUUAUUUUUUUUUCCCCCGUUCUUAGAGAGUCUGUCUGUUGUUCCCUUAUACCACAUGAGAUUUUUUGCUUUCUUUGUAACUUUUCUUACCCAUUUCUGCUCGGUCUCCACACAAAGUAUGGUUAACAGGAGAGGACCGUCUAUGCCAGAAAUUACACAUGAUGGGGAACGAGUCGGGGGAAAAAAGAACCUCGCCGA